AUGUCUAAACGAACUGAUCCAGAGCCCGGGAAAAAGGUAGCUAUUGUCGGCAGUGGCUGCGCUGGACUCGCCGCUUUAUGGGCAUUGAGCCGCAGUCCCCAUGAUGUGUACCUCUACGAGGCCGACAGUCGGCUUGGUGGUCACUCCAACACGGUCGAGUUUGUCAAGGGGAAGUACAAGGUGAUGGUUGAUACUGGCUUUAUUGUCCUGAAUUCGGCAACAUACCCAAACUUCAUCGAUUUCCUCAAACUGAUGAAGGUCGAAUUGGAGCCCACCGACAUGACCUUUUCUGUCUCACGAGAUCAAGGCUGGUUCGAAUGGUCUGGGUCGAGUGUAGACGCAUUGUUCUGCCAGCGAAGCAACCUCAUGUCCCCUAAGAUGUGGCGCAUGAUCUUCGACAUAAUUCGCUUCAAUUACUUCGCUUUGGAUGUUCUACGUCGGGACUCGCCAACCGAUGAAACAAUAGGCGAGUAUCUCGAGCGGGAGGGCUACUCAAGUGCUUUCCGCGACGACUACCUGAUCCCAAUGACAGCAGCAAUCUGGAGCACAAGUCCGGAUAAGUGGAAUCACCAUCUUUUAUCGACGGUGUCAUCUCGUCCACAAUGGCUUACUAUCAAGGAUGGAUCAAAAACCUACAUCGAUAAGAUUAUGAUGGGCUUCCCCUCAAAUCAUGUUAGACUCAACACCAGAGUCACUCGCCUGAUCAGCGAACGCGAUGGCCGUGUGCGUCUGCAUACUCACAGCGGCAAAUCUGAGGUGUUUGACCAUGUCAUCCUGGCUACACAUGGCGACCAGGCCUAUCAAAUCAUCCGCGACUCUGCCACAGAUGAGGAGCACGAGAUUCUGCGGCAUUUCCUCACCUCAAAAAACGUUGCUGUUCUGCACUCUGACAUCUCUCUGAUGCCUACCUCACGGAAGGCUUGGUCAGCUUGGAACUACCUUGCGAAGUCGUCCUCACCCAACCUUAAGAAACAAACCGGUAACAUCACUCAGGUGUGCCUGACUUACGACAUGAAUGCACUCCAGCACAUCCCACGCAACAUCUUCGGCAAGGUGUUAGUGACAAUCAACCCGCUUCAUGAGCCUGAUCCCACAACCGUUCAGGGACGCUAUAUUUACCGUCAUCCGCUGUACACUCCGGCAGCUGUGAAGGCACAACGCCGGCUGAACGAGAUCCAGAACAAGCGCGGCAUCAGCUACGCAGGAGCAUGGACAGGGCCCAUCGUCGUCUUCGUUGUCGAGGCCAUCUUCACCCCCGGACAAACCGACUGA